AUGCCUUCAUUACAAGUUAAAGAUAAGGAAGGCGAUACAGUGUGGACGAAAAUUCGAGGGGGGCGACGUGAAGGUGAAGUUGAUCAAGUAGUCAAGACCGCCGACGAGGCUAAGGAGGCGGGAGUGAAGAAUCCGCCUAAGGUGCUAUUUAAAGACCAACAUGGCCAUGAUGUCGCGCACAACCCUGGGACGCUUGAGCAUAAAUGA